AGCACAGAGAUGAUGGCUAUAAUCUCCAUCUCUCUCUAACCUCGGUAUCAGCAAAACCCAUCUCUCUCUCUAGCCUCAUCAUCGUCUUCGUCAUCAAGCUCGCUUCCCUGUUAACUACUUCUGGUGGGGAGUUAUGGCGACGCAGCAGCAGAACCAGACCCUCUCGGAUUCUCCCUCUCCGGCCGACGAAAAACCCCAAGUUUCAGCGGGCAUGAUGGCCAGAGAUGAGGUUCAACAAGUUUCCACCCCGGAAGCUGCUGAGCAGAAUGCGCCAAAGUCUGUGUUUGUGAAUUCAGAACCAAUAAGGGAGGAUCAAGUCCAGAAUGCCGUGAAAUUCCUUAGUCACCCGAGAGUUAGGGGCUCUCCUGUAAUACAUAGAAGAUCUUUUCUCGAGAGGAAAGGCCUCACAAAGGAAGAGAUUGACGAAGCUUUCCGCCGAGUUCCUGAUCCGCCACCGAGCUCACAGACAACUAGUAACACUCAAGAUGGUGAGCAGACAGGGUCAAAUGUUCAGCCACUUGCACAGACCCAAACACUGCAGCCUAUGGUAGCUGCUCCUAUUGUUGCGACUCCGCCACCAGGAAUUCUCUCCAGGUUUCACUGGUACCAUGGCAUUAUUGCUGUGGGAUUAUUAGCAGCUUCAGGUGCUGGGACAGUUGUUUUGGUAAAGAAUUCUAUCAUCCCCAGGUUGAAAUCUUGGGUCCGAAGAAUUGUGAUGGAAGAAGAAUCUGACCCUUCAAAGAGAGGAGAUGCAAAACCCAGUGUAGCCGAACAAGCCGCCGCCGCCGCAAAAGCUGCUGCUGCAGCUGCUUCUGAUGUGGCCAGGGCUAGUCAGGGAAUGAUGAAAACGAGAACUGAAGAGAAGAGAUAUUUCGAGGAAUUCAUGCUCCUGUUAGAUAAGCAAGUGCAGGAAAUGAAGUCAUUGAGCAGAAGCAUCCGAACGCUGGAAGGACAAACCAACAACCGGUCACGGACAUAUCUAGCUGAUCAAGAGGAUUAUGGAGGUUCUAUCACUAGCACAAGGAGACCAUAUGCAAAUGGGAGUGCAGAUUAUGACAACCGUUCAGGAAGAUCUGCAUCGCCACCCGCACGAGUGGAUCCAGCUGUGCCCCCUCAUCCAAAGUCAUACAUGGAGAUAAUGGCUAUGAUCCAGAGAGGAGAGAAGCCGCCUAACAUUCGGGAUAUUAACGAUAUGCCGCCGAAUCCAAACCAGCAGCCAUCUAAUCCUCGAAUUGCUCCAAGAGCUAAGCCAUGGGAUUCCGGUCAAGUGCAAGAUGAGAGUUUCAACCCUGACCGCUCAUCAGCACCAUGGUGGCAGCGUAAAAACCCUAGAAUCACUGAACCCGGGAACGAGACUGGCUCAUUCGGUAGUUACCAGAGCGAAACAGGUACAAAGGAGCAGCCAGCCAUUCAGCAGCGGGCAUGGGUUCCUCCUCAACCACCCCCUGUUGUUAUGGCAGAAGCAGCCGAAGCUAUUCGUCGUCCCAAGCAGCCACCACCGGCUAAGGUAGACCAAGAGGCGGCAGGUGAUGACCAGACAGGAAGUAGUUCCUCUGGUGUGACAGAUGAGUUGCAGAAGAUCACAAAGGUGUCUGAAUCUGGCGGUGAAGGUUCAGGGAUUCAUAUCGCCGAGAUUCAAGAAGAAGAAGAGCAGCAGCAACAAUUGGGGCUAGAAGGGAACUGAACACAGUUUUCGGGUUUUGUCCUAAGAAUUUGCUCUGUGGCUCCAGAAUCUGUGAGAUUCUUCCUCUAUAUAGACAUGGUGGGAUUCCUUGGGAGGAACAUGUACUUCAGAAUGAAUUUGUUUUGGGGUUACUUUCAUAAAAAAAAAGGGUUCAUAUACAUGUAUCAGCUCUUUGUUUUGGAAAGCAGAGAGGAGAUUGUGGUUUAUUGUA